AUGUCUGAAGAAGAAUAUAGUGAAGAGGAAGAAGUUGAAGUUGAUGAAUAUGUUGCUGAACAAGUUACAAAACCAACAGAAGAUCACGCAAAAAGAAGCCGUGAAAGAAUUGACAUACAAGAUGGAGAAGAAAAUAUGACUGAAGCUGGAAAGGCUAUGCUUGCAGCCAAAAAACGGUUGGAGGAAGACGAUGCUGCUAAACUACAAGAUUAUGAAGAUCGUCGAAGAUUAGAAAGGGAGAGAGAGGAAGAAGAAUUGAGAAUUUUAAAAGAAAAACAGGAACAAAGACGUCUUCAAAGAGAAGAGGAAGAAAGAGAACAAGAAGAGAGACGAAAAGCUGAAGAGGAAAGAAGAAAAGCGGAAGAGGAAGAACGUAAAGCCAAAUUAGAAGCUCAACGUAAGCAAAAAGAAGAAGAAAAGAAAAAACGUCAACAAAUGAUGGGGGGAGGAAUGCCUUUUGCUGUUGGAACACCGACAGGAGGGCGUAAUUUUAUUUUGCCGGAGAAAAAGAAAGAUCAAAGCGAGAAAUUUGGGAAUAUUGUACAGGCUAAGCAGGUAAUUUUAUGUGUGGGGUAG